UCCAUAAACCAUCCUUUGCUGUAAUAUUCAAUAAGUAUUCAUCGUCAUUCUUCCUAUCAGCUUCCUUGUCUUUUAGUGUUGCAAGUCUUGGAGUGAUUUUAUUUUUAAUAAUUAUGGAGGGUUUAUCCAUGCACAGACCGUAACUGGAAGGUUCAGCAUGAAACUUUGGGAAGUUAACGUGUACUGUACACCCAGUGUACACACGGUCGUGUUAUUCAAAAUCAAAUCAGUUCUUGUCAAUUAACUGAAGAGGCUUUUAUCCGGUUGAACAUGGCGACGUCAGCCCGUCGAGGAAUGCCGCAGAAGGCAAAACCUUCGGCCGCCGCAGAAGUCGUCGUUAGAGAAGGCUUCAUUUGUCCCAUAUGCAUGCAGGACUGUGGCAAUAUUGACGAGCUGCAGGACCACUUCGAGCAUGAUCACGCGGAGGAAGAUAAAUCAGUGAUUAAGCAGCUGAAAGGGAUUUUGUUACGCAAAGUUGGCAUUGUGGACAACUCGCACUCUACGCCCAGUCAUAAAGGCAUUUCUCGUGAUAACUCUGAGGAGCAGGAUUAUGACCAUCAGAUUUUUUGGGAACCACAAGUGCUUGGCCUGUCCAGCAGCCACACGGAUUAUUUUCGGAAAGUGCGGGAUUCCCGCCUGGAGAGAUUCAUGGUUGAAACGAAUAAACUGAUUAUCAGGUUGGAUAAAUUAGCACACGAAGCGCCAUCCGAUCCGAGACAGCGUUUAGUUUUCGAAAAGCAUCUGGCGCCUUGGGUUGCGGAUCAGGACGUUCCAAUUUGCCCUGGAUGCGGGAAAUCAUUCCGAAUGUUUAUGCGGAAACACCACUGCCGACUUUGUGGUUCCAUCAUUUGCGGGGAAUGUAGCGAUUUUCUAGACCCCGAGUUUGUUGAAAAACUUACGAAUCCGGUGGGUGCCACCCUGCGGCCGGUGGUCGGCGAAAACAGUGACCAACGUGUCCGAAACGGAUCCAUGAUGAAGCGGUCCAACAGUAGUGAAAGUUUAAUGUCAGUUGUUGCCUCGAUGGGCGGUCGGGAUAAAGAACAGUUAAUUCGCGUCUGUGCAAUUUGCAAAGAUUUACUGGAACGCCGAAUAAUGCAGCUAGAAGAAAAGGGAAGCAGAACGGAGCUUGAAGAUCUUCAUGAGCGUGUUGCAUAUGCAAUAACUGAUGCCGAGAAAAUUUAUCCAGCUUAUCAGGAAAUGGCGAUAUCACUACAAGCCGGAGAAACAAACUACAGUUUGCAUCAGGCUGCGGAAAUGAGACAACAGCUGCAGACAUAUUUCGACACCAUUGAUGUCGUAAGUAAAAAGAUUGCUGCUCUUCCCCCCGCGAGCCAUCCGAAGGAAGAAAAACUGAGGAAUAACGUGAGAAUUAACGCAGUGGAGUAUCUGAAAGCACGUGUGCUGGUGCUUCCUCCCCUUCCGACUCCACAGCAGUUGGAACAACUGCAGCAACAGCGGAGAGAAGAUACCAAACGACGGUUGGCUGCACAAAAGGCGGCUGAGGAGCAACGAAAACUCGAAACCAGGCGACACAGUCGAGAAUUCCCUAAAGAAUUAGUCAAACCCAAACCGGUUAAUGCCAAUCCUUUUGAAACAAAAAAUCCCUUUGAUUCGAAAAAUCCCUUCGAUAGCGACCACGACGGUGAGGAUGAUCACAAUCCAUUUAAUGAGCCCGAUGAACCGAACAGCCGGCCGUCAAGUCGGUUGAACGCCGGUUGGGCACCGGAACAGGUCAAAGCGACGGAAAUUGACACCGAGGAUGAUCCGUUACUACAGCAAAUCGAAGUUAUUAAAAAAACUGUCGACCAAGCAAGAAAAGCCGGUAGAUUAGAUGAAGUUAGUAUUUUGACAGAGAAUUUGAAUGAACUGACCAAGGUUUAUCGGCAAAAAGUGGUGCACAACCUGUGAUAAUUGAAAUUUUUAUUUUUAUAGCACACCGUUGAUUACUUGUAGAAAACUGUAUGACAUCAGAGUAACGACUGUUUUUCUUACGAUUUUUUACACUUUUACCGUGAGGAGUCCAUCUGAAUACGAGAAAAACUGAAAAUAAACACUCAAAUACAUGUA